UGUGUGUGUGUGUGUGUGUGUGUGUGUGUGUGUGUGUGUGUUUUGAGUCAAUCAGUUUCCGAAAAAGGGCGUCCUCCUCGCUGCUUUUUCUCAUGUCAGUCUCCCCGGAGGAAGGGGCGGUCUCAGCGCCGUAGCAGAUCCGGAAUUAGAAGGUGUUCGCACGGCUCGGCUCUGCUCGAACGUUCGGUGGGACGGUUCGGUUCCACAGGAGAGCCAACGGCAGAGGGAACAGAAACGGAACUAGCUCAAACACAUUUCAUUAAAAAGAAGAAAAGAAAAAGAAAGAAAGAAGGAAGGAAGGAAGGAAGGGAGGGAGAAGCCCGGUGGACUGAAAAGUGUCGACCGAGGGAGGGACGACGAACCUGGGGCAGAAGAGAGGAGUAAAAAAAGAAGAAAUAAAAGUAGGAGAAAAAAAAAAGGAGAAGAUGCCUCUGGCUCAGUUGGCGGAUCCCUGGCAGAAGAUGCCUCUGGGGGGGACGGCUGCAGAGGAUGUACAUCACGAUCCUGAGGACUCAGUGGGCGAUGACGACCAGAUGCCCGCCAUCGCCGAUGACGUGCCAAUCAAGGAGAUCAAUAUCACUCAUCACGUGAAGGAGGGAUCAGAGAAGGCCGAUCCGCGACAGUUCGAGCUCCGCAAAGUCCUGGGACAAGGUUCUUUUGGCAAGGUGUUUCUGGUGAGGAAGGUCACAGGGCCAGACGCCGGUCAGCUGUAUGCCAUGAAAGUCCUGAAGAAAGCUACGCUAAAAGUGCGCGACCGGGUCAGGACAAAGAUGGAGAGAGACAUCCUGGUGGAGGUCAACCAUCCCUUCAUCGUCAAACUGCACUACGCGUUUCAGACGGAGGGGAAGCUCUACCUGAUCCUGGACUUCCUCCGAGGAGGAGAUCUCUUCACCCGUCUCUCUAAGGAGGUGAUGUUCACAGAGGAGGACGUGAAGUUUUACCUGGCAGAGCUCGCUCUGGCGCUCGACCACCUCCACAGCCUGGGCAUCAUUUACAGAGACCUCAAGCCAGAGAACAUCCUGCUCGAUGAGGAGGGACACAUCAAGCUGACUGACUUUGGCCUCAGUAAGGAGUCGAUAGAUCACGAGAACAAGGCCUACUCCUUCUGUGGGACGGUGGAGUACAUGGCUCCCGAGGUGGUGAACAGGCGGGGACACACGCACAGCGCCGACUGGUGGUCGUACGGCGUGCUCAUGUUCGAGAUGCUGACAGGAACGCUGCCGUUUCAAGGCAAAGACCGGAAAGAGACGAUGACCAUGAUCCUCAAGGCCAAGUUGGGAAUGCCACAGUUUUUGAGUUCAGAAGCUCAAAGUCUCCUCAGGAACCUUUUCAAACGCAACCCUGGCAACAGAUUAGGAGCUGGACCAGACGGUGUGGAGGAGAUCAAGAGGCAUCAGUUCUUCAACACCAUCGACUGGAACAAGCUCUUCCGCAGAGAGAUCCCCCCUCCCUUCAAACCGGCUUCAGGACGACCUGACGACACUUUCUAUUUUGAUCCAGAGUUCACAGCUAAAACGCCCAGAGACUCUCCGGGGGUUCCUCCCAGUGCAAACGCCCAUCAGCUGUUCAGGGGAUUCAGUUUUGUGGCCAUAACAGAAGAGGACACACAACCACUACCCAGUACUAUUGUACAGCAGCUGCACAGAAGCACAUCCCAGUUCUCAGACACCUACGAGAUCAAAGAGGACAUCGGAGUCGGGUCCUACUCCAUCUGUAAGCGCUGCGUACACAAAGGAACCGGCAUGGAGUACGCAGUCAAGAUCAUCAACAAGGCCAAGAGGGACCCGACGGAGGAGGUGGAGAUCCUGCUGAGAUACGGACAACAUCCCAACAUCAUCACCCUCAAGGACGUGUACGACGACGGCCGGUCGGUGUUUUUGGUGACGGAGCUGAUGAAAGGAGGCGAGCUGCUGGAUAAAAUCCUCCGACAGAAGUUUUUCUCUGAGAGAGAAGCCAGCGCUGUUCUCUACACCAUCACCAAGACGCUGGAGUACCUGCAUGUGCAGGGGGUGGUGCACAGAGACCUGAAGCCCAGUAACAUCCUCUACAUGGACGAGAGCGGGAACGCCGAGUCCAUCAGGAUCUGCGACUUUGGUUUCGCCAAACAGCUGAGAGCAGAGAACGGGCUGCUCAUGACGCCGUGUUACACUGCCAACUUUGUCGCGCCCGAGGUGUUGAAGAAGCAGGGUUACGAUGCAGCCUGUGACAUCUGGAGUCUGGGAGUCCUGCUCUACACAAUGCUAACGGGUUUCACUCCCUUCGCUAACGGUCCAGAGGACACGCCGGAGGAGAUUUUGGCUCGCAUCGGCAGCGGGAAGUUCUCGCUCACUGGAGGAUACUGGAACUCUGUCUCUGCUGAGGCUAAGGACCUGGUGUCCAAGAUGCUGCACGUUGACCCUCACCGGCGGCUGACGGCAGGUCAGGUCCUCCGACACCCCUGGGUGACGCACCGAGAUCAGCUGCCCAAAUACACCCUCAACAGACAGGACGCACCGCACCUCGUCAAGGGUGCGAUGGCCGCCACCUACUCAGCGCUCAGCAGGAACGUCCCUCCGGUCCUGGAGCCGGUGGGCUGCUCCACUCUGGCCCAGCGGAGGGGACUGAAGAAGAUCACCUCCACCGCUCUGUGACCUUUAACCUCCCUCACCUCCUUUAACUCUGACCUCGAUCUGACCUCCGCCGGACCCUCCUCCUCCUCCUCCUCCUCCUCUUCCUCCUCUUCUCUCUGUCCGGUCCGGGGGGAACAGGCUACUGAUGGACCCAGGAACUGCUAACGCCAAAUAGGAACACAGAGACCACCGCCCUGCCUGCAUCCCUGCCCUCUGUCCCGCACCUUAACGGACUCUCCUCAGCUUUAGCGCCACUGAUCGACAGCCGGACCGCGCCGGACUGAAAACCCGUUCCUGUCUUUGCUUCGGACAAUCAGCGCCGCCUCGUAGACCCGGACGCUGAGCGCGCGUCGGGGAAAAAAAAGAAAAAAGUACUGUAUUUAUUUACUUCAGACGGGGGAAAUCUGAACAUAGGAACACAGUAAUCUAAUGUAUGCAUUUAAAGAGAUAGGAUCAUUGUUAUUAUACUGUCGUCAUGGUUCUGCGUAGCUGUAGGUCCUGUAUUUAAACCUCAAGUAGCCUCUGAGAUCACGGCGUCUACAGAGAAGGACGGAAGGCGUUUGGAGCAGCUGCGCCUUUAAAAUGUCGCUUUACAGAACAUGAAAAAUCAAGACGUAGGGAAAGGGAAGUCUGAUAACCAGCUUUUACUCAAAUGUAAGUUCUCUCUUUGGGAUACAGAAAAGUCUCUCGGGAUCAUGCUUUUGUUUUGAAAGUCAUUAUUUUGUACAUCUCACACACAGAGACUUCCUGUAACCCAAUAUUUGACCUUUCAGGUGCAAAAAAACAGAACAAACGUCUGAUUGGUUUGUCUCAACAUUUUGCUCAUUCAUCUAGAGGUCUGUCAAAAAAGGUAAAUUAAUUUUUGGGAAAGCAAAUCAAGCUUUUGUCCCGACAGUAUUUGGAUAAGACUUGACGAUGUCGUUCAGAUAUGACGAAGAUUAUCAUAUAAACAACCUCGAGCUGUAUGGAUUCCUCGCCGUGAUUUAUAAAUAUGUUCACCUUAAGUGUCAGAGAAAACCCUGGGUAACUAAAUAAGAAAGUAACUCUGUUUCUCGCCCUUUGACUCUCAUCCGAAAAUGACAAUCUGAGAAUGAAUAUUAACGAAAACGAAAACAGAUUCUGCUUUUAAAGCUGCACAGGGCAACUUUGCAUUUUGUGGCGCCCUCCGGUGGCAACGAGAGUGGCGGGUUUUUGAAAGUUUAAAGCACUUUCAUAAAAAUAUGCAAAGUUUCUUUCGGACAGACUCUUGUUAUUAUUUGUACUCUCUAAUCUGCCACUUAUAGUACUUUGUUUUCUCUCACAGCGUCGACACCUGCGAGCUGAAACUAAUUUAUGCAAAAACCAGAGGUGGAAGAAGUACUCGCAUCUUUUACUAUGAAGUAAAAGUAGCAAUACAACAGUGUAGAAAUACUCUGUUACAAUUGAAAGCCCUGCAGGCAAAAUGUUACUUCAAUUAAAGUAGACUAGAUACACUGAAAGUACUAAAAGUAAAUGUACUCAUUAAGCAGAAUACAUUCAUGUGUAUCACUUUAAUGUAAUGCUGCGUGGUAUUAUAGUUUAUAAUAUAAUAUAAUUCAUUGAUUUGAUAACUAAUUCUAUUUUUAUUAAUUAUCUGAAGCAACUAAAGCUUUAAGAUGAAUGUGGUGAAGUAUACAAGUAGAAGAAAAUGGAAAAUACUAAAAUAAAGUAUAAGUAUGUCAAAUUGUACUUGGAUAUUUUCCACAUCUGGCAACACCAGUGACAAUCUAAAGCAUCGUUCAGGCCAAUAAAACGAUAUUUUCUCUGUAUUUUUAUGUUCCUUGUGCAGCUUUCAGACACGUCGGUGAAUUUAAAUAACAUUUUAAACACGCUGAGGCUACGAGAGCGGCUUUAACUCGAACUAAGGGCACACAUUACUGUCCUGUUGAGGAGUCAUCAUCCUCGGUUUACCUGGAAAAACGAGACGACCUGGUUACCUGACAGGCUGUUGGGAAUUAAAAAAGGAAAGCGAGCUUCCUGCUUCCACAAAAACUUGAGCUUCUUCUGUACAAGCCGACUGAUCAUCUCUGUGCGCGCAGCAGACGGCGAGCCGAACUGUAAAUGUAUAUACAUGUACGAGCAACUCAGGUUUCUACGAAUCAAGACAAUGCAGUUUUUUUAUAUUUUGUCCAGGAAGAGAGAUAUGUACAUAAACAUUAAAAUAAGCACACAGAUGUACUGGAGGUGAGCGGGGACACGCGGAGGCGUUUAUCAGAAGACUUGUAUCCCAAAACCUUUGUCACAAAACGUCUCAUUUGUUUCUGUUUCCACGUCUUGUUUUUGGGGUCAAACUCUUCUCGAGGCAUGAUUUCAUGUAACGAUGUUUAACGUGUUUGUGAUUUGGAGGAUUUUUCUGUCCGCACAACCCCUUUAAAAAGUGUAGCAGAAAGAAAAUCACUUCAGGAGACACGUCAGUGAAGAAAUGAAAGGGUUGGUUCACCCACAUUCUUGCUCUUAAUGGAACCAAUCAGUGACGUGUCCUGAUUUUAAGUCCCCAAUAUGGGUCAAGCUCCU